UCAGUACACCAUACUUCGAUUUCAUUUAGCGUCCUGUACAUGAAGACAUAGUUACUAUUUUACAGGCUGAUAAUUUGUGUUUUUUAUUUUUUAUUUCCUUCCUGGGCAAGACGUAAGUUCAUGCCAUUCUUGUAAGGUCCUUACAAGAUAAAAAAAAAUAAUAUAUAUACUACUAACCGUACACGGGAUGUCUGACACACACAGAUCACAGCUACGAAUGGUCACCAUCCUCUUCAUCAUCUUCACGUUUGCAAGAAUAACAGAUGCUGCUGUCAGACCUGUGGUGACCUUCACUCCACCCUGGAACAAGAUCUUACCUGGAGAAGCUGUAAGAAUGACCUGUGAUGUGGACGCCACCGAGCAGGGAGACAUUACAUACAUCUGGUACAGGAACAAUAAAUGGACGGAUACAGGAAAGAGUUUCACCAUUCAAUCCGCCCAGUCCAGACAUGGAGGGCGUUACCAGUGCGGAACCAGUGAGGAUAAUAUCAGCGAGGCCGUUACACUCAAUGUUACAAAGGGUCCCGUCGUCCUGCAGGCACCGCCAUACAUAUAUGAAGGAGAUGACCUCCCGCUGAGAUGUUACAGCGGCUCCAGGAACACAGCGGGGCCAAUAGUAAUUUAUAGGAACAAUACAAUGAUAAAUCCAUCCAUCACUGACUCCAAAAUCCUGGUCAGAGACCCCAGAGAUGAGACCGCUGUAUACAAGUGUGAAAAACAAGUAAAAGAGUAUACUACACAACAUACACACAGCGAUGAGACUGUCCUCACUGAUCGAGGAGCUGCUGCCUCAUUCGUGACCUUCUAUCCAAACUGGAGAAAGAUCUUUACAGGAGAGUCUAUAACAAUGUACUGUGAUGGAGAGCACUAUGGGACAUAUUCCUGGUAUAAAGAUGGGAGAUUAUUGAAGAAAACUGAUCAGAACUUUCUUACAAUCCAGUCUGCACAAAGACAUGACAGUGGGAGAUACCAGUGUGGAACCGAAUAUGUUCUCAGUCCUGCGGUCAGCUUGGACGUCAGCGAUGGCCCGGUCAUCCUGCAGGCUCCUCUCUUUGUACAUGAUGGAGGUGACAUAAAUCUGAGAUGUCACAGCCGUCCUGAGUAUUCUGUAGAAUGGACAAAAUUCUAUAAAGAUUACAAAUUACUACAGGAUUCGGGAGAUAAAACAAUAAGCCUCAGACAAGGAGAUGUGACUGGAAGAUACAGAUGUGAGAGAAGACUGAGCAGGAAACCUGUGUCUUAUACCGAUUCUGUGUCUGUUCCCAUCAGAGCGCUGUUCUCCCAUCCAGAGAUCAGACUGACCCCAUCCAAUAUUACUGAAGGUGAUGACAUGACCCUGACGUGUGACACCAGGCUUAGCCCAUACAGACAGCGCACAGAACUACAGUUUGCGUUCUACAGAGAUGGGGGAGAAGCCCAGGGAUUUACCACAUCUGAUAAAUAUGAAGUUCUGUCCGCUCAGCUGGAGGAUUCUGGCAAUUAUUCCUGUACAGGGAGAACAUCAGACGGCAGAGUGUUGAAACGAAGUCAAGAGACACCAGUUUAUGUCCAGAAUCGGAAAUACAACAUGGAGGAACAUGGACAUAACAGAUAUUUGUACCCAACAGUCUCUGUGACUCUACUGGUCAUCCUCAUUGGGUUAGCUUUUCUGAUCUUCAGAAAAAGGCAUCAGUUAAACAUAUUAGUCUCCAAAAGGAAGCCAACCAGAGAUCCAGGUGACCUAGCCUCUGCCACCGAUUAUACUGAAGAUGAUGACGUCUGCUACACUACCAUUAAGUUCCCUCCAAAAGCUUCGUCUCACAAAGUCAUGGACACUGUUAUCUACUCAGCCGUCAAAAUUAAGGUCAGUGACACCUGAAGACCCAUGGCACCAAACAUCAGACAUGACGGUUAUUCUACAGUGAUGGACCAAGACAGAGGAGGUUUUCUGAAGACUAGCAUAUUGUAGUGGUAUGGCAGACCCCUCAAGAAGAAACGUAUCCGUCACUGAAAGCCAUCUGCACCUAAUGAGCCUCAUUCACACAAAAAAUAAAAUAUAUAUAUAUAAGUUAUUCCUGUCUUACGGUGAAUUAAAGGGGAUGUCUGGAUAUUAAUGGCAUCUUCACAGGAUAGGUCAUACAUUUUCCAACAGAAGCGGGUCCCAGAAGUAGGACCUCACGAAUGUGGCUCGACAGGAAUGGACCGGUCAUAUCCACAGCUCUCUCCAUUCACAGAUAUGGGACUUCCAAAAAUAGGCAAGCACAUGUGCGGCCUCCAGUCCAGCCCUGGGGGCAUGCAAUGGGGCACCGUUUUUUGUAGAUAAAAGUGGGUCCUAAACCUAUUGGACCUUUAUGGCCAGGUCUCCAGAUGGAACAAUCCCUUUAAAACAUAACGGAUACAGCGCUGUAUGUUACUGCCGUUUUAUGGCCAUGCGGUAUUGUAGAAGGGCUGCAACCCGCAUCACUUAGAUGUAAACCCAUGUCAGAGCGGACUCUGGCCUCUUUGUGUGAACUGGAGAGAAGUGGUGCCAAGCAUCAGGUAACCACUUCUCCUGGCUGGGCAUGAACGUGUUCUUCAAUGGGGAGAGGGUAUAACCCGCUGCCAGACUCCUCUGUUGCGAUCCAGUGGGAAGGCCCCAUAUGGACGGCUGGUCCCACCAAAAUCACCAGAUUUGCCAGACAUGCACCUAGUUUAUAUGGCCUUGGGAACAUGGGAUUGAAAAAAAGUUACUACAAAAAGUUGAAAAUGCAAGUGCACACACCUUAAUGUGUUUGAGUUUUAAUGUAAUAUAGAAAU